GCCAUCGUUGAUACGACCGCAUUCGGACGUGUGAAAGACAUAAAGGCUGCAAUUCUGGCACCCAGGCUGGACACCGGACGCCAUGCAAGCAGAUCAUACCUCGAAGCAGACUUUGGUUCAACAAGAAAUCUCCACAAGAAACACGCAACAAUGGCCAUGCGAGCUCUCAUCCUCAACGCCGAGCAAAAGACGGCCACGGUCCAGCAACUCCCCCGGCCCCGCCCCAGGCCAGGCGAGGUCUUGAUCCGCGUCGAGGCCGUGGCCCUCAACCCCGUCGACGCGACGUACGUGCUGCACCCGCUGGGCGCGACGGGCCGCACCGUCGGCAGCGACUUUUCCGGGACGGUGGUCGAGUUGGGACCGACGUCCAAGCCCAAGCCCAAGCCCAACAACAUCCUCGCCAUCGGGCAGCGCGUGGCCGGCUUCCUGCAAGGCGCUUGUAGCGCCAACGACCGGCCCGGCGCCUUCGCCGAGUACUUGACGUGCGCGGCGGACCUGGUGUGGCGCGUGCCAGACUCUAUCACGCUCGAUCAGGCCGCUGCCGUCAGCCUGUGCGCGCUCACGGCUGCGCAGAUGGUCUUCUACCGCCUCGGCCUGCCCGCGCCGUUCGCGUGGUCCAAGGGGACAGAGGCUGACGAUGACAAGGCCAAACCCCUGACUGUCUUCAUCUACGGCGCCUCGACAUCCGUCGGCAUGUACGCCGCGCAGCUAGUACGAUGCAGCACGCAGGCGAGCGGCCGGACCCUGACGCUGCUCGGCGCGGCGAGCCCCCCACGCUUCGCCCUGCUGCAGGCGGCGUACGGCUACGACGCGCUGGUCGACUACCGCGCCGCCGACUGGGCGGAGCAGGUGCCAGCGCUAGCUUCCGGGGGGGUCGACUUCGCCGUCGACUGCAUCGCCACGGGCAGCACGGUGCAGCGCGCGUGCAGCACACUGCGCCAGAACCCCGGUGACCGCCCGCGGGUGGCCGUGGUGCGCUCGCGCCAGAGCAAGGCGUGGGACGGCGCCGAGCUGCCGACCGAGCCCGUCUACGGUGCCGUGUGGGAGGGCCUGGGCGCCGACGUGCAGUACCACAGUGGCAUCGUCGUGCGCGCGUCUGAGGACGCCAGGCGGUUCGCGGCGGCGUUCUACGAGUGGCUGGCGGGAGCGGUCGGGAGCGAGCUGGCACCGAGCCCUGUCCGCCGCAUGCCUGGCGGUCUGGACCGGGUUGUCUCCGAUGGGCUGGCGUUGAUGGGCCCUGGUCCUGUGCAGAGGUCUGAGGAGUGGAUGAAGCCGAAUCAAUACACAUGUCGUGGCGCGCGGGUGUGGCUCACGCGCUUAAGCCAUUCGCCCCGUGCUCUCAACAACUCAACAAGCCCGUACCGGCAUACCCUGGUAGCCGGGAUCUCCCUGCAGUACUCCGUACUAGGUCAGGGUUUCCUGGGUUACUACGUGUAG